CCUAACGAUCCAAAAUGGAGGAAUGCUUUCCAAAAAUUAUAAUCACUGCAUUUGUUGCUUUUACUGAUUUAAUAGGAAUACCUUAUGUUAACUAUCAUCCGUAUUUUGACUAAUGGACGUAUAUUCAUAUAUGUGAGUGCCAUCCUAUCUUGAAGUGAAAUUGAUUUAUGAUGAACAACAAUGUCUCAUGUCAAAGAUGAAGAUGUCCUCGUACAAAAUGUAUUUGAGCUCAGAAAGCGUUUACAGAAAACAGAGCAGAGCUUAAAGAAAAUCAACUCUAUUGAAAAAGGUACACAUUCCCUCAGACGUCACUCUCCUGAUAGGGAUCGUCCUCCUCCCUUGAGACUCGAGGACUUAACUCCCGAUCACAUGUCUGAUUGGGAUGCUGAGAGGACAGAAUUAUUGAGUGCUAGAUCAACUGGCAGCGCCAGUAUUCCACUAGGAGCAUCUUUCAUGGACUACAAGAGAAAUGCACCAACUUUUAGUACCCCAAGGGAGGGAAAGAGGCCCAAUGCGCCAUCUGUCACAUCCAGUAUGAUUGAUUAUGAAAAUGAAACUUUACGCAAGAAGUUGCGAGUCCUCAGAGAAGAAAACUCUCAUCUUGUAUCGCAGAAUGGCACAUUACUUAAGGAACUGGAGAAAACUGGGAUCCAACUGCAAGAAUCCAGCAUGCAGGUUCGCCAGCUCAGCAAUGAGGUUUCACUGACAAGAAGUAUGAAGCCAGAAUAUGAGGAGAAAAUAAUAAGCCUUGAGGCAGAGACAGAAGCUCAGGAAAAAGCCUUGAGGGAUGCAGAAGAGAGGUGUGAACUAUCACAGAAAGAGUUAUAUGAGACGAAGAAAUCCCUGCAAUAUAUACACACUGACUCGCAUACAACCAAACAGUGCCUACAGAAAUUACAACUAGAAUGUGCUGAUCUGAAGCGAACUGUGGAUGAAGAGAGAAAAAUCAGAAAAAGAGCAGAAAAUCAGCGUGAUGAUGCACUUCAAAAUGCUGAAGUUUUACAAGAAAAUCUAGAAACUUAUCAAAGAAGAAGCCGGGAUAAUAUACAGAAGCAACAUAGCACUGAGGACCAGCUGCGAGACAGGCUAACUCAGGCCAACUCCAACCUAGAUGAUCUAAGAGAGAGACUUGCUACAUCUACCAAAGAAAGAGAGGAGCUUAGAGUCAAUCUAGCACAAGCUAAUAGGGAGAGGGAAGACUUUAGAGUUAGCCUAGCAGAGUCCAAUACUGAGAGAGAAGACCUCCUGGAGAAUACCAUGCAACUUAGAUCUCAUGUUACUGACCUUGAAGAGGAACUGAGAAGACAUAGAGAUUCCAGUGAAAGUGACAAAGAAGAUAAAAGCAAUCUAGAAUCGCAACUCACAGAUCUUCGUAAUAAAUUCAGCAAGCAAUCAAAACAUGUGGAUCGGUUAGAAAAUGAUUUAAAACUUCUCGAAGACUUCCAUGCUGAAAACACUGAACUUAGAGUCCAACUAGAACAGCAGGAUUCCAUAAGAUUGGAAAACACGGAGAUAAGACAAGAAACAAUAGAUUUACGAUCUCAGAAUAUUGAACUACGGACAAAAGUUGCAAAUCAGCAGGAAAAAUUAGAGAAAUGUCAGCGAGAAAUAGACGACACACAUAUGCAAUUACAACAACUUGAGACCCUUGCUUUGAGGGUACAAGAUGAGAGGAAGACAAACAACUCCAGUCCACUUCCAACCAAAGCAGCUGGAGACUCAAAUAUAGGGGACAAUUAUGAUAUCAACAUUUCUCCAUCUAAAGCUAAAUCUACAAUAGCAGACCUCAAGUUAAAACUGGCUAUGAAAGAAUCUGAAGUGCAGCAGCUUCAGGCAAGUCUACAAUCUCGGUCUACAAGCGGUGACAGGGCACAGUCCCAGAUGGAUGGACUUCGUAGUGAACUCAUUUCAAUAGUUGAGAAAAACAGGAUAGGUGACAGAAAAAUGCAAGAGCUAGAAAACAUAAUCCAAAGAAUUGAGGCAGAGAGAACACGUCAAGCAUCACAAAUCCUGGAACUACGGGGUCAUCUCCUUGACAAGGAAGCCCAAUGUGAAUCAUUGGAACAAAGACUCACUCAGAAAGGUGUUCAGUUGACAGAAAUCCAGGCUGAGUUUGGUGAGAAAAGUACUGACAUGACUAGCCUGGAGAGAGAGUUACGAAAAAAGACAACACAGAUUCUGACACUUGAACAUCAACUUGAUGAAAAAGUAGCUGAAUUUACGCAACAUGUCACUAAACUGUCCGAAUUAGAGGAAGAGCUGUCUGAACGAACCAAUGAGCUGAAGAAGCUUCAAGCUGAAUCAAGCGAGAGGAAUCAUGAGUUAAUUCAAGCAACUUCAAUGAUGUCAAAGAUGAAAGAGUUACACUCAGAACAAUGUCAGGAGUAUGAGUCCUCAAUAGACACUCUUCAAAAGAAUCUAGAAGAACAGACUGCCUCUAGGCUGGCCCUGGAAAGUCAACACAGACAAACUCAACAGGAACUUUUAGAGAAAUCUUUACUAUUUGAAAAAUCAAAAGAGAAACUUGAAUCCACUGAACAGGAGCUUGAGGCAAAGACCAAGAACACAUCAGAGGCCCUUGUAUCAUUAGAGGAGCAAGCAACUGUGGGGGCAAACAAGAUCAGAUCAUUAGAGACUGCCCUCACAAUGUGUAAAGAUGAAUUGAAAAUCUACAUUGACCAACUGGAUGACUCAAAGAGUAGAUAUGACCGGGAAAUGGCCAGAAAAACUGAGGAGAUAUCCCACUUAGACAAACUCCUUAAAGACAAGCACAGAGAGUGUAUUGAUAAAGAUGGCCAGAUCUUGGAACUUGACCGUGCCCUACAAGAAAGGCUACAUAUGCUUCAGCAAAGUAGCGGUAGAAUAGCAGAACUAGAGGAUAGCCAAUCAGAGCUCGAGAACCAGGUAUCCAAGCUACGACAAGAUCUCCUAAAGGAGAAGUCAGCAUCCAAUGAGGAGAUUAACAACUUAGAGAGAAAGUUACACCAAGCCUGUAUGGAUAUAGAAGAGAAAUCAUCUCAACUAGGAACCCUGAGUGAAAGAAUAAGAGAUCUAGAAAGUGAGAAAAGGGAAAUGGAAGAUGAGAAAUCUGAGAUAGCAUGUGAACUUGACCAGAUGAGGAAAGAGGGAGAGAAUAAAGAGACCAAGAUAGAGAGUCUGGAAUUGGAGUUAAGAGAGGCCAAAGCUUAUAUGGAGCAGAGGGUGGAUAAAUUGGCAGAGGUUGAAGAUUUACUGCAUAGAUCUGACGCUGACUUGAAACAGAAGUGCCAGAUGGUAGAAACAAUGGAUAUAGAACUGAGGAAAGCACAGACAGAGAUCCAACAAGCAGGUGGACAACUGGAAGAACUACAUGGUGUAUUGACCCGAACAAGGAGUGAAAUAAGAAACAAGGACACAAUAAUGCAGAAUAUGAAAGACUCUUUAAGGCAAAGCUCAGAUGAGAUCCAUGAGAAGGACCACCAUAUAGAAGAGAUGGAACAAGCUUUGAAAGACAGACAAUGGGAACUACAGCAAAGGGCUGCACAGGUAACUCAGUUAGACAUGACCAUAAAGGAACACCGUAGUGACAUGGAACAUCAGAUUGUCAGACUGGAAUCUGCUCUGAAGAAAUCCAAUGCUGAAUUAAAACAACGCUCUUCACAGUUAGCAGAUGUGGAUGACAAAUGCCAAAACUUUAAAAACCAGCUGAAAGACAAAACACUAGAACUGGCACAUGCUGAACAGAAUCUCAGGAAAUUAAAGAUUGAAGCAGAAAACAAAUCAGCCAAGAUUGAAGAACUAGAGCAUGUGAUUAGUCAGCAUAAGAGCAAAGGGGAGGAGCUUAAAGAAGAAAGUCGAGAGAUUGGUCAGCAACUCAGGGUAGCAAGAGAAGAGAUUCAAAGAAAACACCAAGAAAUCACAGAAAAUCGUAAACUGCUCAGCCAAUCACAAAAUGAACAGGAUCGUCUGGCACGAGAACUUGAUGAUGCAAUAGUGAUGUCACAGAAUAAGGAUGCUGACAAUGCUAGGUUAGCUGAGGAACUGGGAGCAGCCAAGGCGAGGGAAGUCCAAGCAGACACAAGGACAGCAGCUGAGGUCAGGAGGCUCAGAAAUGAGUUAGAUCUCCUGCAACAUCAGCAUAAACAAGAAAUUGCAACUCUACAACAAACUUACAAUGACACCAUGACCUUGAAGGACGAGGAGGGGUCACAGUACAGGGUCAAGGUCAAACAUCUCGAAGGUCAAAUUGAAAACCUUCAUGAUGAAUUAAGACAUGCCCAGGGGGAAGUUAUGCGCCUCAAGAAUACUCUAAAUGUAAAGAAGAAUGAUAUAGAUGCUUUAAAUGAAACUAUUGUCAUCAAAGAAGGUGAAAUGGCAAGACUGGAGGCAAAAGUAUCAGGAUAUGAAAGAGCUACAUUUGGUGCUAUGGGGUCUGCUAAAAAGACUCCACAGCAUAAUCAUAACAGAUCAUCGUCAAUGAAAUCAUUGAAUAAUAUUAUGCAACAAAACAUUCCAACUGUCGGAGAGAUUUUAUCCCGGAAUAGUCCAAACAUUACCCAUAAUGCAACCAACCCAGUGAUGCGUCGCAGUUCUUCCACUCAUGAUAUAUACUCACAUUCCUACUCGCCAAAUUCUAGUUUUGUUCUAGAAGAUCCCCGAGAAACAUUCCAAAGCAAUAAAAGAUCAAAAGAUCAUGAUGAUCGACGAACUGACUCUUUAAGAGGUCAUUUAUUUAAUCAGUAUAGGAAGAAGCCUUAUCAAAGUCAUUCCAACGAUCAAGAGUUCUCAAAUGGAGACAUGACAGAUAGUUCAAACAUUAGUGGUGUUUAUGCCUUAUCAUCUGACACUGAGGAUCUAGAAACUUUUCAGGGAAUGCUUCAACAUGUUAAUAAAAUGUAUAGUAAAAUUCCAGUGCCAUCAAGAACUAGACCCCUAUCAGGGGAUACCGUCCAAAAUACAGCCAUAUCCAAUGGGUCUUCAAAAUCAAAAAAGACCCCUUCGCAAUUUUCACUUUCACCAAUGAAAGCUGUGCAUUAUGAGGAUAAUAUUGUGACUCAGGUAUCUUUAGAAAAUGACACGAUGGCUCAUGAUACUCUAACAGAACCAGGUAAUGAACUCAAUACUCCAGGAAAUGAAACUGAUGAACAAGAUUUUCAAAAUGGACCAAGUGAUAAUGUUUUGGACUUUGGAUACUCUGAAAGUCGGAAUAUGGGAGGUCAAUCUGUUUAUCGUGAAAAAAAUGGACAUGGAUUAGGGCAUGAAGUGUAUAUCUCUGAUGAUCUUCAAUUAGGAGAGGCAUCAAGUUCAUUAAAACAACAACUGCAAGAGCAAAAGGCAAAGUUCCACGCUGUCAGGGAAGUCCAGAAACAAGCCAGUCUAAACCCUGAACAAUGUUUGGAAGAUAUGCAAAGAAAACUUCAAGCAAAUGAAAGGAGGAGACAGAAAAUACAAGGAAGUUUACAAAAGACUUAGAAUUAUGAAUCGUCAGACCAAGUGGCCAUAUUGAAGUAGUGGAAUUGUAGCUUGUUGCUCAUGGUGGACUUCAGCUUUCCAAAACUGGAACAACAUUUCCCUUUAACCUAAAUGAAUUGUCAGAAAUAACCUUACAUUGAACUUUGAAGUGAUCUGUCUCACCCAGGUGCCUCAGUAUCACAUGACUUGUAUAAGCCAAAAUUAACCAUACCACGGUGAAUACAGAGUUCACUGGUACUUCUUUGUCUCAUGAGUAACUUAACCAAUCAGAUUGCUUACUUGAUAGAUACCCAGACAACAGUUAAUAUAUAUAUAAUAUGAUUUAUUAGUACUGAUUAAUACAUAUAAUACAUACAUAUAUAAUAUGUAUUUUUUGAGCCAACACCAUAGAAUUGAUGUAUAUUUUAUGAAAUACUAGUAGAU